AAACUCGAUCACAAUUAUCGUAAAUUAUAACAAUAUUUAAAAAAGCAAACUUAAAAUGAACGCAAGGCAAAACGGAACUUCAUUUGCAAGAAUUACGCAACGUUCUACAUUUUCGCUUUUGCUCUGUCUCUUGUUUCUUUCAAUUUAUGUCGAUGCUCGAACUUAUCAAAACGUUGAUCCCCGAAAAAAUGGUAAGGCUGAAAACGAUGAUGGGCCGUUCAAUACUAUGUUGCGACGAUUACAAGCUAAGAAAGAAAAUGGCGACAACAAAUUGGAAGAUAUUAAUGGGGUCCACGAAGCACAGAUAGCACUCAACAAACUAUUGCAAGAAUUCAAACAGCUGCAGAAGGAUUUAGAAUACUGUAAAUCAGUAAUUCCUUCUACUGGAUCUUCGUCUCAAAAUCUGCCAAGUUCGGCAAAAUCUGGGUCAGCAAAGUAUUCGGGCAAAGAAAAACAAUCUCGAAUCAAUCCAUUUGACUCAAACGUUAACGACAUUGUUAGCGAUGAAGAUGAUAAAGACAGCAUGAAAAUCGCUGAACGAAACUAUUAUGGAUGGAUGGAUUUUGGAAAAUGAUAAUUUUUUGUGAUUUUGUGAUAUAUUUCCUUGUCAGUGUUUAAUUACAUUCCAUUGAUAUCAGUACGGAAAUAUUGUUUAAGCUCAAAACUAAAUUUUCUGACCACGUUAAUUUAUUUAAAUUAAUUACUGAAUUAUUUGUAGUUUUUUGCUGUAAAGUGACAAAAUUCGUUUGUAGACAAUUAAUUUAUUUUUCUGCUGUUUAAUUAUUUGUGCAGUUGGUUUAUUUGUGAUUAUUUUAAAGAUUUACUCCAAAUAAACUUAUUAAUGUUCUUUGAAGACGCAAAUUAUGCCUCUGAUAUGGUUGUGCUAAUGUGUUGACACGCUAUUGAAAAAGAAAACAGUGUAUAAUUUACAAAGAAUUUUAGUCAAUUCAGAUUUGCCUAUGAAUACAAAUCGCCCUAUAAUUAAAUGCGUAGGCUAGGAUUUAGUACUCUCACAGUUUCAUAGUAUGAUGUGAAGUCUUUUGGCUUAAUCUUCAAUAUUAAGAUUGAUGAAAUUUAGUUCUUUGAAAUGUGUCUCGGUUUAAUUAGCAGGUAACAUUAAUUUUAACAAUUUCGUUCAACUGUGUCAAAAAUCAUGUUUUUCGAAAGAAUUUCUAUGUUUUGCACGGUGGUAACUUGGUUCUCGGUGACUUUCUGGAACCAUUAGGUUUUCUAGAUUUUAUCACCCGUAUUUUUCUUCAACCUGUCUUGCUGCCAUUGUGACUAUUGUGAUAUUUGAUCAAGUUUUAGACUGUAUUACUGGGUCGUAAAUAAUUUUCCUCUCUAUUUAUUAAAUAUAUGUUCUUGUGAUAUGAAAUACAAGAGAGAAGCUAAAAAUAAAACGAGUGACCUGACAUAUAUAUUCACGUAAUUAUGUGAUGGUUAUACCGUUUGGUUUUCACUUUGUUUUUUUUUAAUGAAAGGGAGGUUACUUAUGCAUUUGAUCUCUUUGAAACAUAUGUGUGUAAAGAUCUGAAAGCACGUAUAGCUUGUAUACAAGUCAAAUAUCAGAUCUUCAUUUUUUCAGUAUUGCAGCUGUCAAAACUGUUUUUUCCUAAAAAUCUUGAUGUCACAUUUAUAUGUCCAACAUCUGUCACAUUAAAAGUCAGGGCGUAUUAACGACAUCCGAAUGGGCGUUAACUUCCAUUUGGAUAAUAACGGAAGUUCGAAACGAAUAAGUCUGUUUAUACUUCUUGAGUCAAUAUUAUGUUUAGCCCAGGUUCGGCGAUUCAUGGAUAGACCCCACCCAUUAAUUCAAUAAUACAAGUACUUUGAUAUAAAUUAUAUUGAUUAAAUUGUUUUUCUUGCACUCGAUCGUGAUGACUAUCUAACUUAUGACAAUUUUCAUAUAUAUCUGAAUUAUGUAAA